GGGAUGGGGGAAGAAGAGGAGCGGAAGGAAGCACACCUCAUGACCAGAGUGCAGGUCCAGAGGGGAAGGCCGCAAGGAAGGAGGAGGAGCAAGAAGCGGAGGAUGGAAGAGAGAAGGAAACUGAAGGCACGGGAGUAGGAGAACCAGGAAAAGUGGCGGAAGAAGGCAACCGAGUGGAGGAGCAUGAGAGAGAAGAAAGCGAGGGAGGAGUGUUGGAGAAGGAGACUGUGGAAGAGCAAGUGGACUGGGGGGAAAGUGCCCUGGUGGAAGAGAUGAGGGGUAUGGUGGAGGAACUGGCGGGGGGGUGGUAUCUCUCCAUCACCAAAGAAGAGAAUGAAGAGGAGGGUGCGAUUGGCCGACAGUGAGAGGGAAGGGAUGGCCAAGAGAGUGAUGGGGGUGGGAGAAAAAUCUGGGCUGCUGCUGGUUUCCCCAGGCCCUCAACUUCUGUUGGGUGGGGACACACCUAACAAGACUCAGGACUGGGUACAGGAGGAGGUGGGGAGUUUUUUGUUUGGGGACUCAGCCUCCCCGAUUUUUUUCCAAUCCAGCUGCAGCACUGGGGAGGGGGAGGAUUGUGGGGGUAAACCCAGGGUGCAGGGCACCCCGGAGCCAAACACUAAUCCUGCAUCCUGGGUUUGUGAGAUGGAGGAAGAGGGGGGAAUGUCGGGAGUACGGAUGGUGUUCUCACCGGUAGAUAUGGAGCAGGGGAGCAUCGGAAGGACCCUGGGAUCAGCCUGGAGAAUAUCGCCGCCCCAAAGAAGAACUGGAGGCGGCGAGAGCUGAGAGGCGCUGGUAUGAUAAGCAACAGCGGCAGCAGGAGCAACAAUAUCGGGACUACACUACUUGGGAGGAAAUAGACAGGUGGGCGGUCGACCCAGAGAGAGUGCCGGAGCUCGCCUGGGAUUCGCUGGAGCAGUGCGAAGCAGGUUAUCGGAGAAUGGAGUUGGCGAAGCAGGCAUGGCGGCGCGGACGGAAGACCGAGAGUCAGCCCCAAAAAUGUAUUGGGGGGUGGCUCAGGGAGAGUGUGGCAGAGUCAGGGUUCAGACCUGAGCCAACUCCCCCUGUUUAUCGUGAGGAGCCAAGGAGGAGACCAGAACCAGAGCCAGUGUUGGAGGGGAGUGAAGCAGAGACUGUGAAGGAGUUAAUGGGGAAAGUGGAGGAGAGAGGUAUGAGGGAGUUGCUAGUUUGGUGCUUUAAAUACGAUAUUCGCCCGACGGAGCGUGUCAGGGAUUUAAUGGCACCUGGGUCAGCGCUCCAUACUCGUCCUGAGGUGCAUGUUAGUCGGCUGGUGAAAAUUGUGCCAGCCUCAUGCACUAGGCCUCCUGUGUACCUAACCUAGCUUUGCACGUCCUGUGCCAGUCAUGCUCUCAGGCUCUCCAGUACGCCUUCACGGUUCGGUCCAUCCUGUGCCACCUUCACACACCAGUCCUCCGGUGGCAGCUCCCCGCACCAGGCUUCCUGUGCGUGUCCUCGGUCCAGUACCACCAGUGCCAGCACCACGCACCAGGCCUUCAGUGCGCCUCGCCUGUUUAGCGCAGCCAGAGCCUUCCUCCUCUACAGCGCUGCCGGAGCCUCCCGCCUGUUUAGCACAGCCAGAGCCUUCCUCCUCUACAGCGCUGCCGGAGCCUCCCGCCUGUUCAGCACUGCCCGAGCCUUCCUCCUCUACAGCGCUGCCGGAGUCUCCUGCCUGUUCAGCGCAGCCAGAGUUGCCAGUCUGCAUGGAGCAGCCAGAGUUGCCAGUCUGCAUGGAGCAGCCAGAGUUGCCAGUCUGCAUGGAGCAGCCAGAGUUGCCAGUCUGCAUGGAGCAGCCAGAGUUGCCAGUCUGCAUGGAGCAGCCAGAGUUGCCAGUCUGCAUGGAGCAGCCAGAGUUGCCAGUCUGCAUGGAGCAGCCAGAGUUGCCAGUCUGCAUGGAGCAGCCAGAGUUGCCAGUCUGCAUGGAGCAGCCAGCCUGCAUAGAGCAGCCAGAGCUGCCAGUCUGCAUGGAGCUGCCAGAGCUGCCAGUCUGCAUGGAGCAGCCAGAGCUGCCAGUCUACAUGGAGCAGCCAGAGCUGCCAGUCUGCAUGGAGCAGCCAGAGCUGCCAGUCUGCAUGGAGGAGCCAGCGUUGCCAGUCUGCAUGGAGCAGCCAGAGUUUCCAGUCUGCAUGGAGCAGCCAGAGCUGCCAGUCUGCAUGGAUCAGCCAGGGCUGUCAGUCUGCAUGGAGCAGCCAGAGCAGCUAGAUCCACCAGUCAGCCAUGAUCUUCCAGAUCCGCCAGUCAGCCAUGAUCUUCCAGAUCCGCCAGUCAGCCAGGAUCCACCAGUCGGCCAGGAUCCGCCAGUCAGCCAUGAUCAGUCAGCCAUGACCAACUACCUGCCUGAGCUUCCUCUCAGUACUGGGCUUCCUCUCAGUACUGGGCUUCCCCUCAGUCCCGAGCUUCCCCUCAGUCCCGAGCUUCCCCUCAGUCCCGAGCUUCUACCUCAGUCCCGAGCUUCUACCUCAGUCCCGAGCAUCUACCUCAGUCCCGAGCAUCUACCUCAGUCCCGAGCUUCUACCUCAGUCCCGAGCUUCUAUCUCAGUCCCGAGCUGCCCCUCAGUCCAGUGGGGUCCUUGGUGAGGGUUAUUAGGUCAAGGUCGGCGGCGAGGGUCGCCAAUCAUAGUCCCCCUGUAACGCGUCCUAAGACUUGGUUGGAGUGGGGUCCACGUCCCGAGCCGGAGCCGCCACCGUGGACAGACGCCCACCCGGACCCUCCCCUAUGGGUUUAGGUGUGCGGCCAGGAGUCUGCACCUUGGGGGGGGGGGUUCUGUCACGCCUUGGUCUUAGUAUUUUGUGUUUUCUUUCUUUAUUUGGUCAGGCCAGGGUGUGACAUGGGUUUAUUUUGUGGUGUGUUUUUGUAUUGGGGUUUUAGUAGGUAUUGUGAUUGUGGCUGAGUAGGGUUGUCUAGGAAAGUCUAUGGUUGCCUGAGGCGGUUCUUAAUCAGAGGCAGGUGAUUAUCGUUGUCUCUGAUUGGGAACCAUAUUUAGGCAGCCAUAUUCUUUGAGUGUUUCGUGGGUGAUUGUUCCUGUCUCUGUGUUUGUAGUCACCAGAUGUGUUUGUAGUCACAUUCCGUUUGUUGUUUUUGUAUUGUUUGUGUUUUUUUCUUUAUUAUAGAUGUAUCGAACUAACCACGCUGCAUUUUGGUCCGACUCUCCUUCAACGGAAGAAAACCGUAACAUGUAUAUGGUUCUUAGUCUCUGUAAGAUUAAAUUGUAAACCAGUUUAUAUGAAUAAGUCAAUCCGAUAGCCUGUCAAACAAUGAAAUAAAAAACACUUGUGA